GAGGUGGGGGGGUGCAGGUUUAGCAGCAGCGACUGUGUUUUGUGACAGCCUGCAGUUGCAGCGGCGUGCAUUUAUCCAGAGCGAAGCAGGGCGGGGGAAGUUAUGCAGGAGGAAGGGAGGGCGAGAGCCGGGGAAUCCAGCGCUCUGCCUCUCUCACGCUCUGGAGUUUAGUCUGCUCCAGCUGCCGACACUACAGCACCCAGAGGGGUUCACCAGGGGUGAGACAUGGUGCUGAACCUGUUGUUGUCACAGCGAUGACUCGCAUCCCUCAAACUUCGGACUCCCGUUUAGAGUGGAUGACGCCCUAUUUGUUGUUGAAGCUUUGGAUUUCCUCCGUCGUGGGUCAAAAUGCACUCCAGGGCAAAGUCUCGCAGUUUUGACAACUACCUGAGUAUCAAGGACGCCGAGACUUUGGACAAGUGCAUCCAGGGCACCUUGUCCGCUCUGUACCGACCCUUCAGUGCCACUGCGUCAACCGUCCUCUGGCAGCUCUUCAGCGUGGUGGAGAGGCAGUACCGGGGGGACGGCCUCCGCUGCUUCAUCGACUUCUUGCUUCCUGCAAAGAGAAUCCUGCAGAUCAUCCACAGAGAGACCUGUCUGAGGUUCAGAGGCCUGCUGCUCUAUGAUGAGGGGUGGCCACUCUGCUUACACGAAAAGGUCAUCCUGCAGCUUGCUCCUCUGCACAAAGUCAGACUAAAGCAAGGAGAUUUCUAUUUACAAAUAGUUCCUCUCGGCCGCAAGGCUGCAAAGCUGGUGAUCAAAUGUCUGUCGGCCAGUGGGCAGGCCGUUGCGGAGAUCCCCAUUUUGGAGGGCAUGUACGGAAGUGUUUUCACGGCUGAGUUUCUGCAGAAUGUAACGCGCGACCGCAACCUGCACCCGCUACAGAACUGUCUGCUCACUACUGGUACGGCUGUGUACAGGACAGCUUGGACAAACGUGGUGAACCCGCUGUUUGUCAGCAGCACGGCAGACGCCAUCAUGCAAGCCCGCUGCAGCGGGGACGGCUUUCGCGGCCAUCUCAGCACCUGCAGCACCAGCGGAUCCACCGGGACUCUGGACAGCCAUCGCAGCUCCAGAGAGUCCCUGAUCUCUCAGGGAGCCGACUCCAUCUUCUCUGAACCCAGCUCGCCAAACAGACCCCGCAAGGACUCCAGCACUGAGAUCCAGAACAUCAGCAGGGAAGAUUCUGCCACAACCGUUAACAAAACCGUCAGCUCUCCAGAGGACUGUGCUGAAGCACUGGGGGAUGAGGACGACAGGGAAAAAGGGCAAGGAUCCAAGAUGCUCUCUUUCAGCACAGACCUUAGUAACCCAGGCCCUCGGCGCCGCAUACCGAGAGACUCCGUUACCUUCGAGAGCAGGCGACUUUUCAGGAAAUCUUACAUGGAGGCUUUGCAAAACCCCAUGACCCUCGGCUCCAGCUCCGAAUCCAUCCUGGAGGAAAGCUCAGAGCCCAACACAGGCCUGAGAGAGAGAACAGUCACACCAGGAAGCAGCCCCGACACGCGCACUUCUCCCAGAGAACACCGUUCUCGGAAGGUUAGCAGCCGGAGCUGGCUCGGCGGAGACGACUCCAGGCCCAGCACGCCUCUGUUUUACCUGCAGAGGGGCCUGAGGAGCGCUGAGAGGCGAGCAGACCGGCGCUCCAAGUCGCUGGAGAGGACUAACAAAGCAGGCCAGAGUAAAGGUCACAGAGAGCGAUCCUCUUCAGGAGGCUCAACCAGCAUCUCCCCCAAAAAGCUGAUGAAUGGCUACACCCUUCGAUUUGGGAAGCUGGAUGUGGAAGCCGUGUUUCCAGGAAACGACAGGCGAAGCAGCAAAGAGGAGACAGCUGCAGGACAGCGGGAUGACAACAUUGAAAACAGGCAGAACAAAACCACCGUGGAGGAACUGGACGCUCCCAAAGCUGCCAAUGGGUUAAACACGAGCGAGAGCUCUUCCUGCGACUAUAACUCAGCAUUUCCCAAACUGGUGUCAGAGGUCAACCAAGAGCUGCUUACAUCUGGAGCUGUGAUCUUGCCUGGAAACAGGGAUCGCAGCGGCAGAGCUGUGCUGCAGGUGUGCACCAGGUCUCAGGUCUGGACAGGAGAGACGUGCACAGUCAAGGAGCUAACCUGUUUACUAGGAUACUACCACUCAACCCUGCAGAAAGAGAAGCGUGAUAAAGGCCUAACUGCUGUGAUAGACGGCAGACGGCAGCAGCCUGUUCCCGCUCUGUUGUCAUCCCUGUCUGAAUUUCAGGUUUUAGUACCAAAUGCACUUUAUUCCGUUGUGUUCCUGGUGGACAAGGAGGCAUCGGUCAAACUUGAUCGAGACGUCGGUGUACAGACUGAGACAGUCUCCUCGCUGAAAGCCCUGCAGAAGCACAUUGACCCAACCCAGCUCACCCGAGACCUGGAGGGCACCUUCCACUACGAACACCACCACUGGAUCAACUUCAGACAGAAAAUCGAACAGUUUGCCAGCAGCUGCAGUGCAGCCAUCUCCUCCCUUCAGGAGUCCAUUAGUCUGCUGUGUGCCUCUAGCAACCCUGAGACCUCGAAGGACGUGUCGGAGGUGUUGGAGCAGCAGAGGCAGCUCAUGAAGUGCGUGCUGGACGACGCUCGCCUGAACAGGCUGCGCCUGGAAGGAGGAACCGUGCUCGCCCGCAUCAGGAAGGAAGAGGCCUGUGAGAAUGAGAGCUACAGGGACGCCGUGGACGUGUUGAGCACGCUCUAUAACCAAGUGGACGAGGAGGUUCACAAGCUUGUGAUUCUGUCCAACAAGUCGCAGAAAGAGUUGGAGAGCCUGUUGGAGGUGCGCAAGUUUGAGGAGCAAACGCAGCAGAUCAAACACUGGUUUAGCUUAGCAGGAGAGGAGCUGCUCACACCUCUGGAGUGGACAAAUAUUUCUUUGAGCAAAAUUAAAGAGAUGAGGGAGAAGCUGGACCACUUUCUGGAGGAGUCUGUGCACCAGCAGAGGCACGGCUUGCAGUUGGUGAAGAAUUCACCUGAAUCCCUUCCAGACUCGGUUCUAAUGGACUUCAAACAACAGCUGGGUACCACAUUGAGCAGAGCGGAGCAACGGAAAGCCAUGCUGGAAAUCCUAACAAACCUGUACGAGUUCUACGACUCGGCGAACCAAUGGAUGGAUCACUGCCAGGACUUUUUCCUUCAGAUGGAUUCUUCUGAACGGGGAGUUUCCUCAUCUGUGGUGCAGAUUUUGCAGGAUUACUGCAAGGAGGCAUCCAAGUUCUCUGAGGACAACUUCAGCGCGCUCAACAGCAUGGUGCUCUCGCUGGAGAGUCCUCAGCAGCUGCAGCUGUGGAGCUCCGUGUGGCACAGGUGUCAGCAGACCAAACAGCAGCUGGAGGAGUCGUUGGCUCGAGCCGUGAAGUCGGAUCAAAGCUCUGCCGGCGAGGACGCCGAGGAGUCGCUAAAGACGGCGGAAAUUCAGCUCGUCACGCCGAGGUCCGUCCCAUCGUGGACUUUUGGGGAGAGUAAAUGUCACUCUGCUGGGCCUUUCUCCAAGAGCUCCUCCAGCUCGAUGUCAUCUUCGUGUCACUUCCUUUACCCCCCCGACUGUGACAACAAACUGCAGCAGAGCUCGUCCACCAUCGACGACACAGACAGCGACUGCACCAUCGACUCCACCAUCUCCUGCCACUCUGAGCCGGUCAACUCCAAGGUCACGCGGCUCCGCAAACACCCCAUGAAGAAGAUCAUGAAGAAGACUAUGAGCUACGAGCUGACCCCGAGAGACAACGGGCACGCGGACGUCAGCCACGUUCACAGAUACACCGGCGUGUACAUCAAGGGCUUGGAGGUCACCAACAAUGUUUCAGCAGAGAAGAAGCUGCAGAGGCCAGACGUGACGAGUCCCGCGUUGGGACGCAGCCGCAGCAUGUCCACGCCGUGCAGAAGCCACACCAGACGCAGCAGCGAUGGAGAAGGGAAGAAGCAGAGCAGCAAAGUGCAGCACAUCAUGGACGAAAUGAUUUCCACCGAGAGGGAGUACGUCCGCUCUCUCAGCUACAUCAUCGAGCACUACUUCCCUGAGAUGGAGCGCCUCGACUUGCCUCAGGAUCUCCGCGGAAAGCGUAGUAUUAUUUUCGGGAAUGUGGAGAAACUGUGGGACUUCCACAGCCAGUACUUCUUAAAGGAGCUAGAGGCGUGCGCUCACUCACCACUGUCCAUCAGCAGCUGUUUUCUCAGACACGAGGAUCAGUUUGGAAUGUAUGCCCUGUACAGCAAGAACAAGCCGCAGUCUGAUGCCCUGCUCAGCAGCCAUGGCAACGAAUUCUUUAAGAAUAAACAACUGGAACUCGGAGAUAAGAUGGAUUUGGCGUCAUAUUUGCUGAAACCCAUUCAAAGGAUGAGCAAAUAUGCUCUUCUGCUCAAAGAUCUGAUCAAAGAAUGCAGCCAGACUCAGGAGCAGGAGCUGAGCGACCUCCGCACCGCAGAGGAGAUGGUCAAGUUCCAGCUGCGCCACGGCAACGACCUGCUGGCUAUGGAUGCCAUUCGGGGCUGUGAUGUGAACCUAAAAGAGCAAGGUCAGCUUCGCUGCCAGGAUGAGUUCAUAGUGUGGUGCGGACGCAGGAAAUACCUGCGGCACGUCUUCUUGUUCGAAGACCUCAUCCUCUUUAGCAAAACAAAGAAAAUCGAGGGAGGCUACGACAUUUACAUUUACAAGCAGUCUUUUAAAACAGCAGAGAUAGGCAUGACAGAAAAUGUGGGCGACAGCGGCCUGCGUUUUGAGAUCUGGUUCCGCCGGAGGAAGUCCCAGGACACGUUUAUACUCCAGGCCAGCUCUGCAGAGGUCAAGGCAGCGUGGACGGCUAUUAUUGGCAAAAUCCUCUGGAGGCAGGCCCUUAGAAACAGAGAGCUGCGUAUGCAGGAGAUGGUCUCCAUGGGGAUCGGAAGCAAACCUUUCAUGGACAUCAAGCCAAGUGAUGCAGCCAUCAGUGACAGAGCCAUUGAUUAUAUCAUGAAGGGGUCAGAGUCACGAUCCAGAGCGUCCAUCGCGGUGUCCUCGUUUGAACACUGCACUGCGUUCAAAAGGCCUCACUCCACCAUCUCCAACAGCAGCACCUCCUCCUCCAGCAGCCAGUCCUCUUCAUCCCUGCUGGGCUCCCUCAACCUGCAUCUGUACUCCUCGCCCUCCCACCCACAUGCACACCUGUACCCCAUGGGCAGCAUGACCUCCUUUGUUCAGUGGCCCUACGACUGCAUAGAGGAGGAUGAGCUGGAGCAGGACUCCGGAUGCAGCCAGCCCUCCAUGAUUACAGAGAGCUCAGAGACGUCCUCCCAGUGCAACUCCAGUGACAGCGUGACCGGACUGAGCACCAUCACCAUCCCCGACAGCCCCAGCAUCGCCAUGGACUCCUUCAACAACAACGAGCCCUCCCCUUUCCUCUGCUCCUCCACACCUUCCUCCUCCUCCAUCUCCUCCCAAAUAUUCCCCAAAGAUGAAGAGCUCCAACCCCAGGGAACCAAGUUCAUCACAGCAAGCACAAGCACUCAUUUAGCAGUCGGCCUCUCCACAGUGGUCUGACUCUGGUGGGGUUUUUAGCUGUGAAGUCCAGAAAAAAAAGAGAUGGAACCCAAGUCGAUUUUUGCAGCACUAAGAUUUUUAUUAAUGAACCUCAACCAUCAAAUGGCAUUUCAAACAAACGGACAUGUGGUUUUUAUGCUGUCAUGACGGUACGUCGGGCAAAUCUGUACACUUGUUUUAACAGAAAUAGUUAUGUGUUUAUAUUGUAGAUGUAUUUUAUACAGCCGACCAAACGAGAACCGGAUCGUUUCUUGUGUCUUUGGUCUGUCCUGAUAAAUCUGUAAAUAAAAUCUUCUAAACACUAAA